AUGGUAGAUCAGGACGAGAAUGAAUCCGGGAAUCCAGGACAUACUCAUCCUGGAGCUUCAGCUCUCCUCUGGGGAGGGGUUUUUAUAGAUAGAGAGGUGAGUCGAGGGUUCUCGUUUCGGGAGAUCUUGGAACAUGCCCGUCGUGUGAAUGCGCAUACAAAUAGGGUCACCCUCCGCCCUUUAUUCGAAUGGGGGUUUCUGCUUCCUUUCAACUUCGACGGGAUGGGAACAAGCCAAAUAGUAGUAAAGCCGAUGGUGUGCCUUGAAAUGCAUUUUCAUUCCUUUUGGGAGCCGGUCUGUGAGAUUGAAAGCCCGAAAGAGUUAAGCUAUCUGCUGCUCCUUAACUUGUUGGAGAAGACUUCGAAGGAUCCCUUAUUCCCCCCAUGGUCAGGGUUUGGAGCCGUCGUCGCAACACACCGCCCUUACUUCUUCCUCGGCGACUUAUAG